AUGGCUCGGCGGGAGGGGGGAUCCUCUGACCCGCCGGGGGUCUCGGCCGCCCCGAGGGCAGAAGGGAGGCGGCUGGAGCUGAUCGCCCUCCCGCAGGUGAGGAGCAGGUGUCCCUUUGUUCCUCUGGAUGAAGAUUUGGGGGCUCCUCCGUCAUCUUCCCAGCCUGGAACGGAGAAACCUAGAGAAAGCCAGAAACCCAGCCGGUUCUACAAGUGCAACAAGGAGGAUGCCAAAUUGGUCGAAAACGCUCCCGUAAUCCUGACGCUGCCACCCAAGAAAGUCAGCGACAAGGCGGUCAUAACCGGAGGCGCCAGUUACCUGGGCUUUACGCUCGGCUGCGCUCUGGCUAAAUCGGGAACCAAAGUCAUUUUGUACGAUUUUAAUCCGCCCAUCUGGGACCUUCCAAAGGGAAUCAUACUGAUCAGGUCGGACGUGAGAAACUUUAGUGACUUGUAUUCAGCCUGCGAAGGUGUGGAUUGUCUCAUCCACACAGCCUCGUACGGGAUGACCGGCAUAGAACAACUGCACAAGAAGCGCAUUCGGUCGGUCAACAUUGGAGGGACCGGAAUCGUCCUUGAAGUUUGCAAGAGGCAAAGGAUCCCCAGGUUGAUCUACACCAGUACAGUCGACGUAGUCUUUGCCGGACAAACGAUCGUGGACGGCGAUGAAGCGACCGUAUCCUAUGUUCCUUUAGAGCAGCAAGUUAAUGAAUAUUCCCGGACGAAAGCAAUCGCAGAACAAAUGGUCUUGGCGGCGAAUGGAUCCUUCCUGCCAGGAGGAGGAAAGUUAUACACGUGUGCAAUCCGCCCUCCUGGAAUUUAUGGACCGGAAGACCUGCAGCAUUUGUCUCGGUUGGCCCUCAACUGGGAAAGGGGUUUUUUUAACGUCUGUUUGGGCAAUCCGGGCAUCCUGACGAACUGGGUGCACGUGAAAAAUCUGGUCCAGGCCCACAUCCUUGCUGCCAAGGCCCUCACUCCCGAAACGGACUAUAUCGCGGGUGGCCAGGCGUACUUUAUCAACGACGGGGAAGAGGUCAACCUGUUUGAAUGGCUCUCACCCUUGUUUGAAAGACUGGGCUACCAGAAACCAUGGGUCCAUAUUCCUGUUCUUCUGGUUCAUCUAACAGCUGCCAUCGUGGAAAAAGUACAAAAUCUGUUGCUCCCCCUCGUGGAAAUCACACCCCUAAUCACCAGACAUGAAGUACACAAUAUGUAUGUCACACACACCUUCAAAAUUGAUAAAGCUCAGUCCCAGCUUGGCUACACCCCGAAAAAGUACUCAUUGGCCGACUGCGUGGAUCAUUUUUUGAAAAAGGGACCCCGGCCGAGGAGUUUUUUCUUACAGAAAUGCCUUUUACUAUUAGUCGUCCUCACGGGGCUGGUUGCGCUGACCAUGAAAUUUACCCAAGUCCGAGAUUUCCUGCUAGAUUCCUGGGGAAAAUAUCGGCAUCUUCUGUAAGGCGGGGCAUUGCUUGCCUGCCAGAGCCUUAGCCGUGGGGAUGGGGAGUGUGUGAGGCACAUGGGCUUUGGAAUGGCCCCCCCAACUUGCAGGCCAAACAGGUAGAGGCCACAAGAACGAUUGUUCCGAAACCCAAAAGGUGAACGGACAGGUCAGCCAAGUGCAGCGACAGCAACGUUGAACACCGGCGUCUUCUCCGGAAGUCCCUUGAGAUCCUUCCAGAGGUUUUGCACGGCGGCAUGAGGAAGAAAAAUGAAAGCCCAAAAGAGGGAUGCUUUCGCCCCCACCUCCACCCCACCCCACCCCACCUGGCUGCUGUAAGAGCCACCCAGAAGGUUCAAGGCCAGUGUCUCUUUCUGAAGAUGGAGCCUUGAAGGAUGAUGUGGAGGGUGAAGGACCUCCGUGGACACUUUUGUGCCCGUGUGCACCCUCCAUCUGGUUAAUGUU